AGAAAAACGGUUAUGGUGCUCCAUGCUAGUGUGCUCCGCAUUCUGAUCAGGUUUCAACCAGUACUAAUAGAAAUCAGGAUUUGAGAGAAGGCCGAAAACGCGAUCGCUGCUUGUGUGAUUGACCUUAGAUAAACCUAAACAUGGUUUCGAGAAGUGAUGGUGAUGACAUACACAAGAAUUUUGCAAACUUAAAUGAAAAACAUUCCGGCGGUAAUGAAGACAAAGUCAAUAUUAAUGGAAAAGAAAAAGAUGACGGAUCGUCGUCUCGUGUGUUGAUAGUUGUUUUUCUUGGUUUGCUGUUGGACUUGAUAGCUUUUGCCGUCAUUCUACCCUUAUUGCCUUCACUCCUGGAUCACUACAGUAAAGAUAAUAAGGAUGGCUUUUUUAGAUUUGUUCAGACGAGAGUUAAUGACUUCAGAGAUUUUUUGCGAAUCCCAAACGUAGAAAGAUAUAAUUUUGUUUUGUUUGGAGGUUUUGUCGGAUCACUAUUUUCAUUCCAGCAAUUUGUUACCACUCCACUUUUGGGAGCAUUAUCAGAUGUAUAUGGAAGAAAGUCCAUCCUUCUUUUGUCAAUGACCGGCGUCGCUGUCUCGUAUGCGUUAUGGGCAUGUUCACAAAACUUUACAAUAUUUGUCCUUGCAAGAAUAAUUGGUGGCCUUUGCAAAGGGAAUGUGACAAUUAGCAUUGCCAUAGUAACAGAUGUCACAAGCACUGUGAAUAGAGGCAAAGGAAUGGCUUUAAUCGGCGUUGCUUAUUCUGUUGGUUUUAUCAUUGGACCUGUGAUUGGUGCAAUUUUUUCAAAGCAUUCGCAAACUACCAGUGGAACACUCUACAUUCUCCCAGCCAUGUUUACGGUUAUUGUAACUGUUGUAGACAUUUUAUUCUUGAUGUUUUCCUUAGAGGAAACUCUCCCUAAAGAGAAAAGGGCAAAGUCUCUAACAUCUGAAAUGAAAAAUGCUAUGCAAUUGAUCAAUCCAUUAUCUUUGUUUUGUUUUGACGCUGCUGACAUGAAAGACAAAGCAGAGCUCACAAAUGCGAAAAGGAUUGGCUUUGUCUAUUUUAUUUACUUAUUUUUGUUUUCUGGGUUGGAAUUUACUCUCACGUUUCUCACGCACAGUAUCUUAAAUUACACAAGCAUGCAACAAGGGAAAAUGUUUCUCUUUGUGGGUCUUGUGAUGGCUCUUGUGCAAGGGGGUUAUGUGAGAAGAUUGGCUCCUGGCGGAGAAAAGAAACUGGCUAUACAUGGCAUGAUUGCAUUAAUACCUGCUAUGUUAGUACUAGGAUUAGCUACUUCAACAAAAUUAUUCUAUAUUGGCAUAACUCUAUUUUCAUUUGGAGCGGCAACAGUUGUGUCAGCUUUAACAACAAUGAUAUCGAAAUACGGUAACACAGAAGAAAAGGGGAAAAUCAUGGGGAUAUUCCGCUCUCUUGGAACUUUAGCACGAGCUACUGGACCAUUUUUUUCUUGUGCAAUGUAUUGGAGUAUUGGACCUUUAUACUGCUAUGGUAUCGGUGCUUUAUUCUUUCUUAUUCCUUUGUACUUGUUGAAACAAAUCAAUCCUCACGAGAAACUGUCAUGAAUGGCUGGUUACAGAUUGAAGAAUGUCUUAUCACAGAAUGAUUAUAAAGAAGGGUCACUCAGGUGUACAAUGCUUCCUCAUGUAGGCCAUUAGUCCAGCCAGAUGAUUAGGAUUUCUCACUUGUUUCCAACCAUUAAAAUUACAU